CCCCGUCAAAGUGGUCGCCAGCGUCGUGAGCCGCAGCGACUGCAAGUCCGCUGGGACACCAACACAUAUGAGUGAUAGCGUGUGCACGCUGCGAAUGCCCCGACAUGUGUUUUGUCACUGUAACUGCAUUUCGUUGUAUCGCGCAAUAGUUCUCGUCUUCCUUGAUGGAUGCUUCGCUUAACGGAGAUUACUUUUGUUUGAAGACAUUCGUCUAACAUAUCAAGGUAUGCUUUUGUUAGAGCGAAGGUCUUGGGGGGAGGUGUUAUGAUACGGGCCCGCAUCCCCCGUUAUGAGAAGGGCCCGGCCUUGGCCCGCCGAGCGGCCGCCGGCCGGCGCCGGCGGAGAGCGGGCAGUGUCGAGCGAGCCGUCAAGAUCAACUCUGCUGUAACUGUUCCAUCAAACUGAGAAAAUGUUUCGCGUCUGGUUUCCAACGUUAAGAAAGAAAUCACAGCAAUGGAUAAUGCAUUUGCAGCCUUCUGCCAGUUUCACAAGGCUGGCGGAGGUCGGGAAACUGGAGACCCCCAAAUCGCAUUGUCAGUACGACACUGGCCAGCUCUUCCUGCACCGUAUCUUCGGCUACCGCGGCGUCAUUCUCUUCCCCUGGCAAGCACGCGUCUACGAUAGAGACUGCAACAGCAAACCAGAAGAUGCCGACCCCCAAAAGCCACCCAGUGCGGAGUCGAGCCCGCCAGCCUCCAACCCUGUUGGCAAGGACGUGAGAGGGAAGACACACACCUACUACCAGGCACUUAUCGACUCUAGAGAUUGUCCGUUUGUGCGGGCGCAGACGGAGUCGGUGACGUUUCUGGGCAGCCGGGAGAACAGCCGCUCGCUGUACGCCAUCCCGGGCCUGGACUACGUGGCACACGACGACGUACUGCCGUACUCGACCAGCGAGCGGACGCCGCUCUUCCACGAGCUGUUCGACAAGUUCCUCGAGUACGAGCCCGGCAAAGAGCCGCCGUUCGCCGCCCGUGAAACGCUGCGCGCCUGGCAGGAGAAGAACCACCCGUGGCUGGAGCUGUCUGACGUCCACCGGGAGACCACAGAGGGUGUGCGCGUCACCGUCAUACCCUUCUACAUGGGCUGCCGAGAGGCGGAAAACAGCGCCGUCCACUGGUGGCGCUACUGUAUCCGCCUGGAGAACCUGACCACGCAGACGGUGCAGCUGCGUGAGCGCAACUGGCGCAUCUUCUCUCUGUCCGGCACACUGGAGACGGUGCGCGGCCGCGGCGUGGUGGGUCAGGAGCCGGUACUGACGCGACACCAGCCCGCCUUCCAGUACAGCAGCCACGUCAGCCUACAGGCGCCCUCCGGACACAUGUGGGGGACGUUCCGUAUGACCCGCCAGGACGGCUACUCGUUCGACUGUCGGAUACCGCCCUUCUCACUGGAGAGCAAACCCGACGACGGGGACGGCGCAGCCACCACCUAACCGGAGCGCCAGCACCGACAGACAGACACACGCCCGAACCGCGCCGCGGGGACGGAGACCAGAGGUCAGCUCCCGCGCACUUUCAUCCGUCUUGCAUCAUAGAUGGUGUAGGUUCACUUAUGCUACGUUAAGUUUUUGGUCAUUUGUUGAUCUGAUAGGAACUACAUAUGUAAUUAAUUUUGCUAUUAUUUUCGUCCCGGUAACUGGCAGCUGGGCAAUCCACUUGCUUGCUCGCUCGGCCUCCAUUUCUUUUGUCAAAUAUGAAAUGCUCUAUUUUCAGUGCAUUUUUAGUGAUGUGCAUAGAGUACCUAAUGCAAGCAAAGUUUAGUUCUCCAUCUUGUUCCGUUGCGGAAAGCGGGAGACGUAUUUCUGACGUCAUCAGGUCGGGGCCCAAACCAAUGACUAAUCUGCCCGGCUGAAGUGCUUAGUGAUAUCGGAGUGGUAUGCUAGGUCGCAUUGCAGCCGCCCAGAAACAUGCCGAUCCCUAGCGGUGCGUCAUAUUAUAUGAGGACUGAUACCGAUAGGGUCACCCGGACGGACGUGAGUCACCCAGUGUUCACCGCCUCGGUAGUAAUCACCCAGCGGCGAGACACCCGGUCAGUGUGACGGGAGGAUGGUCGACUCAGGCGGGAGGCCCUGCAAAGCUGUGUUUUAUUGUACAUUGGAAGUAUAAGAGUUGUGCUCAAAUAUAUUGCCUGCACGGUGAACGUGUGGGGAACAACGUAAA